CCCGGAAGCACAGUGGUUCAUUUGUUUCUCAUCGAACCGCAUGAACGUGUUUCAUUCAUUUAUAUUUUUGUGAAAUGGCAAACAGAACCGUUAAAGACGCAAACAGUAUACAUGGAACUAAUCCCCAAUACCUUGUGGAGAAAAUUAUACGAACGCGAAUUUACGAGUCUAAAUACUGGAAGGAAGAAUGCUUUGGCCUUACAGCUGAGCUUGUUGUGGACAAAGCAAUGGAACUAAAGUAUGUCGGUGGAGUGUAUGGUGGAAACAUCAAACCGACACCAUUCUUGUGCCUGACCCUAAAGAUGCUCCAGAUUCAGCCCGAAAAGGACAUCAUUGUUGAGUUCAUCAAGAAUGAAGAUUUCAAAUAUGUUCGCUUGCUUGGAGCAAUGUAUAUGCGCCUGACAGGCACCUCAGUGGACUGCUACAAGUAUUUGGAACCACUGUAUAAUGAUUAUAGAAAAAUCAAAAGUCAAAACAGAAAUGGAGAGUUUGAGCUGAUGCAUGUGGAUGAGUUCAUAGAUGAACUACUUCAUGGAGAACGUGUGUGUGACAUUAUUCUCCCAAGGCUUCAGAAAAGGCAAGUUCUGGAGGAGGCUGAGCAGCUAGAUCCUCGCAUCAGUGCACUUGAAGAAGACCUAGAUGAGGUGGAGUCCAGCGAAGAUGAGGAUGAGGAGGAGGAGAAGCCGGAGAGGGUCCAGACGCCAGAGCCACACAGACGAAGUUACAGAGAUAUGGAUAGGCCUCGAAGGUCUCCUUCUCCACGCUACAGACGCAGCCGUUCACCCAGAAGACGAAGCAGGUCACCCAGGAGACGAAGCCCGUCACCCAGACGUGAGCGCGAGCGAGACCGCCACCGCAGUAAGAGUCCCCGCAGACACCGCAGCAGGUCCAGAGACAGGAGGCACCGCUCCAAAUCUCCAGGUCACCACAGAAGUCACAGACAUCGCAGCCACUCAAAGUCCCCCGAAAGUCGAUCAAAGAAGAGUCACAAGAGGAGUCGAAGAGGAAAUGAAUGAUUGAUUUCUUUAAUUGUUUUUAUGUAAUACUUGUAUUAGUAAUGUAAAAAAUAGAUUCAUGUUGUUUAUCUUCUCGUUUUGAUGCUAUGAUCUACCUUUUAUAUUUGGGUGGUUAUAAAACUUUUUUUCAGACAAUUUUUAUUCUUAAAGUAUAUUGCAGUAGUCCUUAAAAUAUAUUGUGAUCAUAGGGUCAAUUAUGAAACCACAAUAAAUCGUUGCUUUGUGAUUUUAACAUGUCAGUUCCUUCAUGUUGCAUUAAAACACCAUGUAUUUA